AUGGAGGCACUUGCAAGUCAAUUCGACUUGAAGAUUGUCGAAGAGGAGAAGAAGGAAGAGAAAUCCGCAGGCAGCACUCCUGGCGCUGACACCCCAGCCACCGAUGCCUCAGAGAAAGAGACCGACCCAGAACUGAAAGAUGCCCCAGUCGGCUCAAUCAACAAGAUCAAAGACCUCUAUCAAGGCCCCGAAGACAGUUCAGGACGGGCACCCUGGGUAGACAAAUAUCCCGAGGACGUCGAAGAAGCGGCCGAGACGGAAGAAACAGCAAAAUACGCAUUCAUCGCUCGCAAGAAGAAAUGUUUUACUGGCCGCAAGAAGUUCGACAUCGAUUCGAUUAUUGUGAAUAGUCCCGCCGUGAAGAAAGUGCUGGAGAACGUGUUUGCCAAGUACCCUGGAGUUACAUGUUCUCUUGAUCGAUUGGUUUUCGACGCCCCAUUUCAACCAUUCGUUCAUCGAUGGUCCGAAUUCAAACUGGCAAUUGAGAGUGAGAAGAAUGAGAGCACCAAGACCCACCUCGAACUUCUUCAUAAGCUUUUGAGGGAGGAACUCAAGGAUACCAUCAAAGCCCUGGAAGAUUUCAUCCUGAACGGUGUCACCACUUUCGAUAUUCUAUGGGCCAUUUUCCAGCCAAAAUGCACAGUCUACUCUCGAACCGGAGGUCUUCCCAACUGCCAGUCUUUCUACAGUGGCUCUUAUGGCGAAGGCCAAUGCGGCAAAUAUUUCCAGCUAACCCUCGAACCAAUUGGCUGGAAUGGAACAGCAUUCAAACGGGGCACCGAGUAUGCAAAUAUCUAUGACUUCCAGGGGACAAAGCCAAUCAAAGACUUGAGUGCUUGCCCCCUGCAUCUACAUCCGGACAAGGAGCAGAUAAAGAAGACUCUGGUCAAGCGUGGAAAGAAGUAUGAGCAAUUUGCAGGCUAUCAUUACAAGGCAUACGAAGGGAUUGCUUUGUCGUGGAACGCCAAAGGUACCCAGAUACCUGUGACAGUGACGGGACGCAUCAUCAUUGAUACCGAGUCAUUUGAUCGUAAUAAUCCAACCAAAAGCUCGUCCUACAAUGACGAUCUGCACACGCAAGAUUUCAAUGUCUCCCAGACCGUAGGGUUGGAUUUCAAAACGAUGGUUACUGUCAUCCAGAAUGACUAUGAAGACGAAGGUGACGGACCGAAGAUUAAUCUUACUGACGAUGGCCGUCUGAUCUACAAAUCAACGGUCCCUGGCUACUCACUGAAGCAGAAGAAGUGGAUGCUCUUCUUCGUCGACUUCAUCAAGGAGAUCGAGUGGAACGAGAACGCAUUCAGCACACUCGUUCUCCCAGAAGACACCAAAGACCUCCUCAUGUCCUUCGUAGAAAGCCAAGUCGAGAAUAAGAACACCUUCGACGACGUGAUCCAAGGCAAGGGCAAGGGCAUAAUCAUGCUGCUCUCUGGCCCACCAGGUGUAGGCAAGACCUUAACAGCCGAGUCGGUCGCUGAAAGCAUGCGCAUCCCAUUAUACAUGAUGAGUGCAGGCGACCUAGGAAUCCGACCCGACGAGGUCGAAGACGCAUUGCAGAAAAUCCUCGAGAUGGUCGCAAAAUGGGACGCCAUCCUCCUGCUCGAUGAAUGCGACGUCUUCCUCGAAGCACGAACGAAUUCUGACUUGGAGCGCAACAAGCUCGUAUCCAUCUUCUUGCGAACGCUAGAAUACUACGAAGGUAUCCUCUUCUUGACAACGAACAGAGUGGCGAACAUGGAUGCGGCAUUCCAGUCCAGAAUUCACGUUUCGAUGGAAUAUCCUAAUUUGACGACGGACGCCAGACGGCAAAUCUGGGAAAACUUCCUCAAGAACUCGAAGCAGAAGAGUGAAGUGUCUGAGCAGGAUCUGGAUUACUUAUCGACGAUUGAGUUGAAUGGACGGCAGAUCAAGAAUGUGCUCAAGACGAGCUUCUUGCUUUCCAUGAGGAAGAAGACACCACUGAAGAGGGAGUUCAUUGAGAUUGUGUUGGCGAUCGAAGGACGGAGACCUAGUGCUUGA